GUGUCUUGUGUAUACCUGAAGGCUCAAGCAUCGUGCAUGUGAUGUGCGACUUUACAGCCAGUUACUUGUUUGAGUUUGUGCCUAAAGCAUAGAAUUGAAUUCUGUCCUUUACUUGGCUUGCAAUCCAACCUUCUUCUGAUCACCCUGCAGCAUGCAUGCAUGAAGCUUACCCACCUGCUGAUUCCAUGCACAUGCAUGCAUGAAUAACUACACCCUGCACACGCUUGUCUUGUCUUGCGAAAUUCGAACAAUUAAUAACUGUUAGCUAGCUUGGGUUCGGAGGAGAGUGAUCGAUCGAGGCAUCGAGGUGAUUUUCGCCAUGGCCACGAGCCUACUGAACCUCCUCCUGAUGGAGGUGGCGGCGAUCGUGAGCAUCGUCCUCCUCUCCCUCCUCGUGGUGCUCAGCUCCUACCGCCGGCGCGCGGGCCACCCGGCCCUGCGCCUAUUCGUGUGGGCCGCAUCCACCUUGUUCCUCCCGCUUGUCUCCUACGCCGUCUCGGCGGCCGCCAAAUGGGACGCCGCGCGCGUGCCCCUCCUCCUCGCAUGGACCGUCUUCCUCCAGAUCCUGCGCAACACCGUCGACACCGCGCGGUCUUCCUCCCUCACCAUCGACAGCACCGGUGGCAGCAGCGGCAGCAGCAAGUUCCGCCCCUCUGUCGAGCAGCUGGCGCGGAUGGGCUGGGUGGCGUUCCUCAUCAUCAGCAGCGGCGGCAACGCCGGGAGCCCGCAGCUCACCGGCGUGCUGCUCUGGCUGUGGGUGCUCAGCCUCGUCAAGCUCAUCCACCGCCUCGUUGCUGCAGAGCUCGCCAAGAACUCCUUCGCCGUCGGGCUCAACGCCUACCUCAUCUCUGACUACAUGAAACAGCUCUAUGGGCAACAAGAAGACCUCCUGCCACAUGGAGAAGAAGACAGCAUGCCUCCGUACUUGGUGAUGGGCGAGGAGAAGCUACACAUCGAGGCCAGGCCGCGAGGGUACCGAAUUGGCCAGACCUCGUUGUCCAUCGAUGCUGGGCAUGUCGUCACGGUGGACCGGAUAUGGCGACUUUCUUCAACGGGAGACUCGCUCCUCGCGUCUUAUCCGCAGAUUAAAGAUCUCUGCCUUUCAUUUUCCCUGUUCAAGCUGCAGCUCCGGCGGUUCCUCGGGUGCCCCCUCGCCGAGGUGGGCUCUCGCCGAGCAUUGGCGUUCGUGCAGGAUGGCCUCCUGGGGGCAGGUAGUAGCCCGGAGAGGGCCUUCCGGGUGAUCGAGACCGAGCUUUCCUUCCUCGCCGACUUGCUCUACUCCAAGCUGACCUCUUUCUACGCGAGCGGUUGGUGGUUCCCGGUGCUCAACUCGACCCUCGUGCUGGCCACGUGGAUGAGCUGCCUGGCCGCCGGCGGGGCCAUCGUGCACGACAUGACCAACAGAGGCACGGCGCUGGCCGUGGACUACAACCAACUCAGGAGCUACCUGCAGAACCACGACACCAUCUUCCACGCCAUCGUCGGCCUCGACAUGCUCGUCACCGUGUCCUUCAUCAUCGCCAUCGUGUUCACGGAAGGGUGGGAGAUCGCCAACUACGUCCGCUCCGACUGGAUCAAGGUGGCCACCCUCUGCGAGUACGCGCGCCGCCCGUCGUGGCGGAAAUCGCCAUGGACUCGCCGCAAGCUCGGCCGCGUCCUCCGGUUCAAGGCCGUGCAGCGCUGGGACGACCGGUUCGGCCAGUCGUCCGUCCUGCAGCCCCGGAUGUGCUACUGCGGGUGCGUGUCCCGGCAUGUGGACCGGAUCGCAAAGACAUCCGUCGCCGUGCCAGCGUGGGUGAAGUCAGCCAUCGUCACCACUCUGAGGACGAACCAAGGAUCACUGGUAAACGGCGUGCUUUCUCUUCGACGCAACGGCGUCGCUGAUAAGCUCGUCUGGGCUUGCCGCAUCGGUGCAGGCGGCGCCGAUGACGGCAUUGGUGGUGAUGAGACAAGCAUCUCCGAGCAGAUCCUUGUGUGGCAUGUCGCCACAAGGCUACUCGAGAUCAAGCGGUCAGAUCAGGGAGCUCAUGGCAGCAGCGACAAUGUCGACGCAGAUGGAGGCCAUGAGGUCGUGGCAACUCACCUGUCACGCUACUGUGCCUACCUCGUCGCUAUGAAGCCAGAGCUGUUACCGGAUCACCCGGCAUGGACAGAGGAGCUCUACGAGGGAGUUGUGGAGGAGGCGACGAGGGUGCUGGCGCGCUGCGCGGGGCCGCUGGUGCGGUACGAGCGCCUGGCGACGUGCCUCGGCGGGAGUACGAACCAAGCACUGAGGAAGGCGUCGAAGCUAGGCCGGCAGCUCGCGGAGGAGGUCGGCAACGAGGAGCUCGUGUGGAAGGUCCUGGCCGAGUUCUGGGCGGAGCUCAUCGUCUUCCUGGCGCCGUCUGAGAAUGUCACGGCGCAUGCGAAGUCGCUCCGGCGUGGCGGUGAGUUCAUAACCGUGCUGUGGGCAUUGCUUGGGCAUGCCGGCAUCGUUAGCCGGCCCGAGACUUAUGUCUGACAUUACUCACAUUAACCAAUUGACAGAUGGUACCAAACAUAUAACUUCCUUUUUCCCUUGUAGUUGGAUUGCAAUAGACCGUGUCUGGAAAUAAUUACCUAUGUACAUAUAUGAAUAUAAAUUAGUAUUACUCUCUCCGAUCCUCA